AUGGUUCAAGAUCGAAGAAGAAGAGGAAGCACCACAAGAAAUCGCGUUCUAGCCGCCAUAGGAGCGGUAAGAAAGUUCACAAAAAGUGAUUCAUCACACGAAUUGAGUGAAAGUUCAGAAGAAGAAGAAUCACACAGUAGAAGGCGCAGCAGCAAAAAGUCUAGGAGGAAACAGAGUAAGCAUAAGAAGAGCACCGCCGGCGACAAGAAGAAGAGGAGGAAGAAGAACAAUUCAGACGAGAAUAAAAAGCGGCAGAGAAAGAGUGAAUCCGAAAAGAAUGAUGAGAUAAAGACGACUACCAAAAUUGACAGAGAUCAGGCGGCUGUUGAAUUGAAAGAGUACUUUGCGUCUCAGAAGAAAGCAGAGGAAACAGAGGAUGGGCCACUAAUUGGGCCAAUGCCAUUGCCUAAGGCACCGGAGCUACCGGUGGAAAGAGGUCGGGAUAGAGCACUGAGGCCAGAGGAGAUCACAAACUUUGAAAGGCAAGGGUAUGUAAUGAGUGGGGAUCGGCACAAGCUGAUGACUGCGGUUCGUACCAGGAAAGAAAACCAGGUUUACAGCGCUGAAGACAAGCGUGCUUUGGCCAUGUUUAAUUUCGAGGAGAAGGCUAAAUGGGAACAGCGAGUCAUGGCUUCUCUCCGGCGUCUCGUUCAGCGGCACACCGCCGCCUAA